CUAUGUGAUGAAAUUGCACGUGUUCUUGCGCAGCAGUAGUAUAGCCGGUCGCGAUUGACACAACCAUAAAAUUAUUAAAUUGAGCUAUUGUUUUUACACAGUGCCAGUCAACAUGGCAGGGCGAAAUUUUAUAAAAGCCUUCAAUCGAAACCUUCUGACUGAACUGAUUACAGACGUAGAAAGGGUGAACGUUGCAACUUUUGCAACUAAACCCGAGAGAUAUAGUCGAAGAAACCAUGAGGGGAAAGAAUAUAUUAAAAAAGCCGAUUUCGACAAGACCCUAAUGGCAACAGCUAGAUUUAAUGCCAAAAUUCAAGAAAGUAGUGAUAGCCAGAAUGACAAUCCAGAAGACAAAUACAUUACUUUAUUAAAAGCAAAUCAAAAAGAAGAUCCAACAACCUCAUCAGAAAAGAAAUUAUUUGGAAAUUUAGGUGGUUUGCUUUAUGAGAGAGUUGAAUUGGAUGCAGAUGAAUUGAAAGAAGAUGAAAGACUCAAAGAUGUAGGAAGAGUAGUUCCUAGAAAUAAGAAACCAACUCCAGGUCAAUAUGCUGACCUGAUUAAAGAGUAUGUCAAUAAAGGUGACUUAGAUUCAGCUGAAAAAGUUAUCGCACUCUGCAAAGAAAAUAAAGAUAAACCAACCGAAUAUAUGUAUACUCUACUACUUAAAGCAUUUGCUGAUCAAGGAGACAUAAAGACUUGUUACAGACUUUACACAGAAAUGAAAUCUAGAAAAAUGUCAAUUCGAUUAAACACUUAUACAAGUUUAUUAAAUGCUUGCGCCAAUUCUACAGAACGCGAUAAAGCUUUACAAUACUUGAAAAAAAUCAGAGAUUAUAUGGGUGAAAGUAAUUUUAAAUUCAAUAAUGCAAAUUAUAAUGUUUUGGUUAAAGCUUAUGGUAGACAUGGUGAGCUAGACGAGGCAUACAAAAUUGUGCACCAUAUGAUUGAUAAAAAUUUACCAAUUGGUGUAACAACUUUCAACAGUCUUAUGUAUGCUGUCAACUCAGAUUCAAAAUCUGGAUUAGGUCAUAUUGUAAAAAUUUGGCAGAUGAUGAAAAAACUUUUUGUGCCUCCAGAUAUAUUUACAUACAAUCUUCUGCUCAGAGGUAUUCGAGAUACUAAAUUUGGAGAAUUCACUAUAAAGGACUUAAUGCUCACGGGUGAAGAAUACCCUGCAAUAGUAGCAAAUGAUGGCAGACCGGACUUACUCAUGUUUCCUCCAGUUUUUAGUACUUUACCCUUAGAUAAUAUAAUGAGAAAGGAUGUGAGUGAAGCUCCAAAAUUAUUAGAAUCACCAGAAAGUGAAAACAAAAGUGAAAAAGUUGAAAUGAUAAAAUCAAGCAGUGCAACUGAGCCACAAACAACACUUCAGUCAUCAAAUACAGUUCAAAUCUCAAAUUCUACUGAACAUGGAGAUAUUGAGCCUACAGAGGAUUCUAGUGUUACCGUUUCUGCAUCUGCAUUAAAUCAAGUGGUUGAAUUCAGAAUUCCUGAUGAAAUAGCCAAUAUCGAUUUGGAUGCAGUUUUGAAACAAAACAAACUUAUUCUCUUUGGUGGAAUUAAUGGAAUCUUAAAAAGAAUGAAAGAUGACAAAAUAACGCCAAAUGUAAAAACUUUAACGUAUCUAAUGCAACUAGUACCUCCUUCCACAUCCGCAGAAAACGAAAUAAUGAAAAUAGCGAGAGAGUCAAAUGUUGAAUUAGACAUUGAUUUUUAUAAUAUGUUAAUCAAAAAAAGAGGUACGCGUGGAGCUAGAAGUGAUGCUAAGGCCGUUCUAGACGAUAUUCACAGAGCUGAUUUGAAGCCCAAUAUUGUGACGUUCGGCGUUUUGGCUAUCUCUUGCCAAACGGCGUUUGAAUGCAGAGAAUUGUUAAAAACGAUGAAGUCUAUGGGACGCCCCAUCAACAAGUACAUCGCAACCACGAUGAUAAGUAAUGCGAUGGACAGAAGAGAUUUUGGCUUCAUUUUAGAAAUGAUGGAUUACAUGCACAAGAAGAAGAUACAUGUAGAAGAAUUUACGUUUGAAAAGUUGGACGAGUUUCAACAGAAAAUGACACAAUUAGUAAAGGAAAAGCAUCCGGUGUCCAGAAGAGAUAAUUUCCAAACAGGCUUUUCCAAGUUCAAUUUACGUUAUAAGAGCUGGCAAGAGCAGAUGGGACGUACAAUUAUUACAGAACGAGUAUCGAAAGAAAAAAGGGCUCAUCAACGUAAUUAUUAAGUUUUAUGUAUAAUAUAAUACGAUGAAAGAUUCAUUCAUCUGUCUUUGCUAUGUACAUUGUUAUUGUGUAAUAUAAAAAUUUAUCACACAUUUCAUACGAA